AUGCAAGCGAAAAUGGAGGCAACUGUAGGAGCUGUGCGACCGCCCUGUGUCCUCAGAACUCCAGAGCAGAGACAAGAGUACCGGAGGAGCCUCCACAAACCUAGUGGAAACAGUCCAGUAUGGAAGGAUGCCUACAGAAAAAGGUGUGUGUCAAGACUUCGAGACAGUCGACACAAAUUUCUUUCUCGGUUUCGCUCCCUUCCCCAGCCGUGUCAGAGUAGGGAGGGGCCUGACGUCAGGGAAACAGUGCAGACAGUGAUGAUGGAGGAAUGGGAGGGGCUGAGAAGUGAGGUGUGGGGUAACAAGAUAGAGGAGGGAGGGUACUUGGAACAUGUGCUCGGAGUGAUGGACGAGCUCAGAGAGGAGCUGAUUCGUGAGGAGCAAUCCAUUCUGGCCCAAUGUGAGAAUGAGAGGAAGUUUGAUGAGGAAGCUCUCUGUGCAGCCAUUGACUCACUCACCACUGAUGACAUCAUCUGCCCAAUCUGUCAAAAGAAUGUCUUGCAUCAAAACCAUCAGGUUGUUUUCUGUGCUUGUGGAAUACGAAUAGACACAGCUCAAGAUGGUGUGACUCUAGACUACAUAAGAAUACAGCUGGAGGAGUGCACCUCACAACACAGCUCCAUGUGUCUGGGGCAGCCCAUCUUCUCACUGGAGACCACAGUAGGCAUGCAGAACAUCAUCAUGAACUGCCCUAUCUGUGAAUUCAUGUUCAUCGUUAUCUAACUACAUUAUGUGUUUACUUGUGACCAUGCAACUUUUGACUGGUUUUGUAUCAUUCAAUUCACUUAAGGAAUGAACGACUCUAACAAUCUCUUUCUGUGGAUCGUAGGAACGGUUUGACUUGAUUGUCUAUUGUAAUCUUUCCUUUUUCCUUUACUCUCAACUUGUUUUUAAUGGAAUUGUGACAUUCAUUGUACACAAUUAUUAUUACUGCCGACACAAUCAUUGAUAAAA